UUGCUAGAUCACAUAUUACGUGUUAGUGGUUUUGGCCUUUUUCGAUCAAUACAACAGUUGUCAUUAAGUACGGUGGGCGGACUUUGAGAAAGAGGAAUGCAGUCGGUCAGGAUUUUCUUGCAAAAUGGAAGAGGGGCGUGCAUAUCGUACUCCAGCCGCAUGUUUUCUUCCUCAUCACGGGCGGAUCAAAAAUCUUACAAACUCGUGGUGGUGGGCGGAGGAACUGGGGGUUGUAGUACUGCCGCACGAUUUUGUCAUCGCCUCGGAAAAGGGAAAGUAGCUGUGAUUGAACCAUCGGAGAAACAUUAUUACCAGCCCCUAUGGACCCUCGUAGGGGGCGGGCUUAAGACAUUUGAAGAGACAGUCAGGCCAACAUCACAAGUCCUUCCCAAAGAUUGUGAUUGGAUAAAAGCUAAGGUUGUGAACUUCGACCCUGACAACAACAAAGUUACAACCAGUGAUGGACAGGAGAUCAAGUAUGAGUUUAUGGUGGUUACCAUGGGAAUGCAGUUGAACUUUAACCUGAUUCCAGGAGCUCUGGAGGCCUUAAAGAAUGACCCCCAGGUCGUGUCUAACUAUGCCCCCUGGACCGUCCAGAAGACAUUUAAAGCCAUCAAGAACACUAAGAGUGGGAAUGCUAUUUUUACCUUCCCCAACACCCCCAUCAAAUGUGCCGGGGCCCCACAGAAAAUCAUGUACCUGGCUGAGGAACAAUUUAGAAAGAAUGGAGUGAGAGAUAAGGUGACAGUUCUGUACAACACAGCCCUGGGGGUCAUCUUUGGGGUCAAGAAGUAUGCGGCCAGUCUGCUGAAGGUGGUAGAGAAGAGAAAUAUCAAAGUUAACUACAGAAGGAACCUUAUUGAAGUCAAAUCUGACAAAAAGGAGGCUGUGUUUGAAGAUUUAGACUCUGGAAAGAAAGAGACUUUCACAUACAGCAUGUUACACCUGACCCCUCCAAUGAGUGCACCUGAUGAACUCAGACAGUGUAAGAAGUUGGUCAAUGAGGCAGGAUUCCUUGAGGUGAACAAUGAGACACUCCAGAGUACGAGGUACCCUAACAUCUUCAGUAUUGGCGAUUGCAAUAGUGCUCCCACAUCAAAAACUGCAGCAGCUGUUGCUUCCCAAGGUGGAGUUGUGUUUAAAAAUCUAACUGCUUUGAUGAAUGGAAGACCAAUGCAGAAGAAGUAUGAUGGCUAUACAUCCUGUCCACUGAUCACACGUAAGGGACGCUGCAUCCUGGCUGAGUUCGACUACAAUGGAAAUCCCCUGGAGACUUUCCCCAUUGACCAGGGCAAGGAGAGAUGGACCAUGUACCACCUGAAGGCUGAUGUCCUCCCCGUCAUGUACUGGAAUGGCAUGCUACCUGGUCGUUGGAAUGGGCCAGGCUUCUACAGGAAGGCAUUGAGAUUGGGUCUGAGUGAUGGAAGAACAAAGCAAGCAUAAGCAAAAUUUGGAUCCACACCUCACAAAUGUGCUAUCUUCGAAGCCAAGUUUUUUGAUCCACUCCCCUAGGAUUUCAACAUCCAAAGACUAGUCACUAUAAAAAUUUUUAAACCUGCCCUCUUCAUUUUAUUUGCAGUUUGAGAUAUUGUUGAAAGAAUUCUGUGUUAGAUGUAUUCAUUUUAACUAUUUGGAGUACAUUGUUAGUUUACUCUCUUUGCAUGUGGGAGUGGGACACACAUGAUUUAUAUGUGAAUAAAUGAAAAGUGUGGGGCACACUUUUUUUCUUCAUCUGUCAGGUAAAGUUGACUUUUCUUGCACAGUAUUUUUAAUGUCAUAUGUUUAUAGCAUGGUUAGUGAAUUUCUGUUCUACUUUUGAUGCAAUAUUGCUGUAUUUUACUGGUUGUUUUUUGAGGGAAAAAUAUAGAUCUUUCUUGCUUUGUACAAAGCAUUCAUUGAUGUACGUACACAUAACUGUGUACAUUUUGAAGAUUUUCAUUUUUCUUAACAACUCUGGAGAAGUAUUUUAAGGGGGAUUUGUUUUUUAAAUUUUUUUUAUACUAUACUAGUAUUAGAAAAGAGUUAAUUAUAUGUAUCUAUAUGUCCAUGAUGUAGGUAUGUUUUAAUUCUUUAAAGUGCUAAUGUAUUAUACUUGAAUAUUGUUUUCUGCUUCAGAUGAUUUACUUUAUGCAGCAUUAAAAAAAAAAUAAGCAAUUUAUUAAAGCAUUUGCUUGAAAAAGACUGAAUUAAAAUCAUAACUGAUUUUGACAGUAUUAACACCCCUCCCCCCCCCCCCCUAAAAAAACAAUACAAAUAAAUGUCUAGACUAUGUACAAUCAAGAUCAAGAGUUUAUCUAGUGGUACACAUGAUGAGUGCAUAUUUUUGGGGGCAGUAUUAAAGUUUGAUCAAAGAACGAAUUUAAUGUGGCCUUAAAUAUGGCAGAAAUAUAUCACGAAUAAGAUUGCUCAAUGUUAUAGUGUGCAAAAAAUUCAGUUUGUUUUAGAAGGGCAUACCUUAUGUACAAAUAAAACCAAAGAUUUUGAAGUUUUUGGUGUGAUAGGGCUUUGUUAACAACCACUUUUAACAACCACUUUUAUAGUUCCUGCAGUGUUUGGAUGAGAAUUUAUCAGGGAAAAAUGUUGAUUUACUAGAAUGAUUUAAAAGUACCUAUUAAUCCAUUUUGUUACAUCUGUUUGUUAAAGCAAGAAAACUUUGUUCAGAUUUCUUUUAAAAUGUUUGCAAAAUUCAUUGAAAAUGUUACUCUUUCAAAUAUUAUUCAAUAUAUAUUAGCAGUUUGAUAUAUAGUGUACAUGUUCAGUAAAUGUGCAUAUAGCAAAGUGUCAGGAAUGAACAAUUUUAAUUCAUAAUAAAUUUAAUUUGUUUUAUCCCAUAAGUUACAUGUAUUGAUAUGUUUUAAAACUACAGAGAAAAAAAAUCACUUCACUGUAAGCAUGAAUUUGUUAUUAUAAGCAUGUUUGCUAUAUCCAUGUUUUACUGUAUAAUAUAGGUAGAGGUACAUUGUAGCUAAUAGAAUGAUGCAUGAUCUCAAAUAGAGGCCCACGUUUUUGAUGAUUGAGUCCCAAAAUUCAACUUGUUUUAGGAUGAAUUUAGAAUAUUGUUUGCUGUCACUGUGAGCAUAUAAUUUUGGGAAUCAGUUUUUCAUGGUAUAUAAGUAUGUAUAUAUAUUUGAGAUCUUGUUAGUGAAAAAAGAAUGCUUUAAUUACACAGGAAGGAAGAAUAUGUAGGAAAUGGGAGCAUAUUAUAUUUUUAAAAUUUUUGAUGUUUUUUAAAGAAGUAGGUAAUUUUGAUAUAAAAAUUUCAAGUUGGUCUAUUCAAUUUUUUUUUCUUCUAAUUUUUAAGAUGGUAAUAUACAUGUUCUGCAUGUAGAUUUGUUUGUGCUUUUUUUGCAUGUUUUGUGAUUUUGAUUCUCUCCAUAAUUUGUUCAAUUUUAAAAUCAAGAGAAAUAUGGCAUUCCAAUUAUGAAGUGAAUCAUUUUUAAAGAAAAAAGCAUUUGCUCUGUUCAUGUGUUUAGAAUUAUGUAUUGUCUUUGACAUUUUUCUGUGUUUAAAUCAAGGAUUUUAAAAUUCAUUUUUUUUUAAAUGUUUUACUUGGAUAAAAAAUUAUCUUUGGGUGAGAUGUAUAUACUAGGUAGACUGCAACCAUGAUGAAUAGAUGCUGUAUUUUAAUGUACAUGUAUUUUUCUUUGUGUCUUGAAGAAAUAAACUGUACAUGUAUUUGAAGUUGUAAAAUUUUAAUAGUAUACUUUGAUCACUUAAUUUUUGCAACACCUUAUUUUUAGUAAUUUGGCAUUUAUAAAGCUGACAAAAUUUUGUCAGAUGUUCUCAUUGUUGCAUUAAUUCUAAUAUAAAAAAAUUAACACUAGAAUAAAAUUUUCAUGGGCAGAAAGUCUUGCGUAAUAAUGCAAAAAUAAAGUUCUUGCAAAUAAAAGGUGAUUAUCAAAAUGUCUGCAGGGGAUAUCUGCAUGGUGCAUUUAGUGUGCUAUUUUAUGAUUUCUAUGUGAUUUUUUUUUCCAAAUCAAGUGCCAUAUAAUGAAAGGGUUAUUUUUUAUGAUUAUAAUGAUUAUAUCGCAAAUUUUAUUUGUGCUUUUUAUAAUGUGAAUAUAUAGGUGUAUUUCAGUGUUGACCAUUUUAUAUGUAUUAACAUUUAUUAUAGUUCCUGUUUAAAUGUAAUGUAAAUUGACACGGGAAAUUCACCUUGGAUAAAUAAAUGCACCGGUAGAUAAUGAACUAUUCUAGAAGUUUGAUUUCCAUCCAUUCUUUAUUAUAUGUAAGAACACGUGGAAAUUCAACUUUUUAACACUGUGUAAAUUUCUUUUCUGCCUUUUGUUUGUACAUUGUCAUGUUUCACUGAAUGGAACAGUAUAUUCUAUAUCAUUAUUAUAAUAGUGAACAUGUAUCUAAUGAAAAUAAAAUGCACUGGUGCAAAAAAUUUCA